ACUAUGCCUUUCCUUCUCAAUGCACACAAGGGGAGUGCCUAAAAGAGAGAAAAAAAAUGAAUACAAAUCUGCAAUUGAUUUUCAUAAUGUUUCUGCGGUGUUUGAAAACCAAUCGUUUUUGAACCUCUCUCAGAUCUUACCUAAGUGAACCCUCCUACGCUUCUAAGUGCUCGCAACUGAUAUAUGGCGAUAUCUACUUGGGCAUCACGUGCUCCUGGGGAGAGACUAAGACGGACAGCGCGUCAUCCAGCCUUCCCAAAUUUUUCCCCCUCUGCAGAUCGCCUCCAAAACAUCUAUCUAUAGAAGCCAGAAAGGGAGAAAGAUGUUUAACUCGGUCAACCUGAGCAACUUUUGUUCGCAAUCGCGCAAGGAGAGGAGUACAGAAUUUGGAGACCGGGGAGGCUGCGCUUCCAACCUGUACCUCCCCAGCUGCACUUAUUAUGUCCCUGAAUUCUCCACUGUGUCCUCCUUCUUGCCCCAGGCCCCUUCCAGGCAGAUCUCUUACCCCUAUUCCACCAACCUCUCCCAGCCUGUACGGGAGGUCUCCUAUGGACUAGACCCCUCCAGUAAAUGGCACCCUAGAAGCAAUUACGCCUCCUGCUACCCUGCAGCUGAGGAUCUCAUGCACAGAGAGUGCCUCCCUCCUUCUUCCAGCAUGACCGAAAUGCUAAUGAAAAACGAAAGCGUGUACAGCCACCACCAUCACCACCACCACCAUCACCACCCCAACGCCAACCACCCCUCCACAGGAUUCUACACCAGCAUGAGCAAGAACACAGUGCUGCCCCAGGGAUUUGACCGCUUCUUUGACAAUGGCUACUGUGGGACUGACCCACAGGCUGAGGAUGGUGCCCCCACCAAGAACGACGCCAAGCUGGACACUGACCCCCAGGCUGGUGCUCUGUCAAGCGGAGCUGAGCCAGGGCUGGACCCGGAAGAUGAGGAGGAGAACACCAACCCUGGAUCUUCAGCCUCAUCCUCCUCUGUCACCAACAAGGAGACCAGCAAAGGCAGCAACAACUCCAGUGCCCCCCGUACAAGGAAGAAGCGGUGCCCCUAUUCCAAAUUCCAGAUUCGAGAGCUGGAAAGAGAAUUCUUUUUCAACGUCUAUAUAAACAAGGAGAAGAGGCUGCAGUUGUCCAGAAUGCUGAACCUCACUGACCGCCAGGUUAAAAUAUGGUUCCAAAACAGGAGAAUGAAAGAGAAAAAGCUAAGCAGGGACCGUCUGCAAUACUUUUCUGGAAAUCCAUUGCUGUGAACUUGCUGCUUGAGCCCUUUACUCAUGCACUGUCCUGGUCUGAGAGGAUCCUUUGCCUUCAGUCCUCCAUCCAGCUAAGAAGCCCCUUUCUGUUACAUAUUUGUACAUGUACAUUCUUAUUACCAAGUAACAGAAGGAGCUGAAUGAGGAGCACUUGGUAUAUAACUGAAACCAUGAAGGGACUGAACACACAACUGACUUCUUUUUUUUAUUUAAGUAAACUGUUGGAGACAUGGAUCUCUUCAUUUUGCUAAAUCAUUGAUUUUAGAGAACUUGCAGCUGUGAAAACAGUCUUUAUCCACGCUAUUGUUUGAUAGACGUUGAAGACGCGCCAAUCACAAUGAAGAGAGUGGCCAAAGUUUCUAUGAAUCUAUGAAUUGUGUUAUUUCUGCUGUCAUGGUUGCCUGCCUAAGAAUGUGUGAGUGUCAUUGAGUGUAUGUACAUGUAAAAUGGCUGUUUUAUUUUCCAUUGCUGUCAAUGUACGCUUUCCAUACAACCCAAGUACACACAGUCAAGCCAUGUUUUCCUUCCAAGGGGCUGAUGUAUCAGAUGUAGCAAUCCAAUUGUUAUCCUUGCCUUCAAACAAACGUGCAAUGUACGUCUUACACCCUGGUAACAUACCCUGGAAACAGUAAAGAAUAUAGAUAUAUAUAUAUCUUUAUAGAUA